CCUUCAUUUCUCGUCCUAUUCUCCCCCUACACUUCACCAUCCUCGAUCUCGUGCACCUUCUAAAACCAUAAAAGAAAAGAUCCGUCGAUAUGGUUCCACGUGAAGCAAUCACCGAAAUGACACAUAACCCUAAUCACGCUCCUUUCACCAUCAUGCAAAACAACGCACCAUCGUCAGUAUCGCCCUUCGACUUCGGUAGACUCUUCGCCGAAAUACCAAACCCUCAGCGGAUCCUCCAACAAGUGACGCUAUCCGCCAAGACGGCGGCCACCUCAUGCCUCAGCAGCACCUCCGACGAGGCUGACAACCGCCAGCUCCGGCUCAUCGACGAGAGGCGGCGGCGGCGGAUGAUAUCAAACCGGGAGUCGGCACGGCGGUCACGCAUGCGGAAGCAGAGGCACCUGGACGAGCUGUGGUCGCAGGUCUUGAGGCUCCGUGGCGAGAACCAGAGCCUCGUCGAGCGACUGAACGAGGCCACGGAGCGCCACGAGAGGGCCGUCCGGGAGAACGCGAGGCUCCGGGAGGAGGUGUCUGAUCUGCGGCAGCUGCUGAGGGAUGUGAGGUUCGAUAGCCCUUGAGACGACGCCAGUGGUGGCAGUAGAGAUCUGGAAGAGGUCGUGUGCAAUAACGAGAGUUAGUCCAUGUGAGGGAUGAAUUAUCCUCAAAAUAAACUGAUGAGCGCAACAACGUGUUCCUUGAGUUGCUUCGCUGAGAGUCAUGGAUUUUGAUUAGCUUUUCAACGCUAAGAAUGAUCUUAUGUGAGUUA